ACCACCUCCAGCCUUCCCAAGAAGCAAAACAAACCAAACACCCACCAUGUUCAAAUACGCCGUCGUUGUCCUCGCCUUCGUUGCCUGUGCUGCCGCCAAGCCAGGACUCCUGGGUGCUCCUCUGGCCUACACCGCUCCUCUGGCUUACACCGCUCCCGCUGCCGUGGUAGCUGCCCCCGCUCCAGUUGUGACUGCCACCAGCAGCCAGGUGAUCGCCAGGAACUACAAUGGGAUCGCUGCCGCACCAGUGAUUGCUCCUGUGGCUGCUCCUCUGGCUGCUCCUGUGGUUGCCAAGUAUGCAGCUGCUCCUCUUGCCACUCCUCUGGCAGCCCCUCUGGCGGCUCCUUUGGCCUACUCCUCCCCCCUGGCUUACACUGCUCCCCUGAGCUAUGCCGCUGCUCACGCACCACUCCUCAUCUAAAUCGUUAAACUGUGAUCACCUAGUAAAAUAAAAAAAUUUAAAAAUCGGUCCUCCAAAAUUAAACACAUAAUCACAU